CUCUCUCAGGCGAUCACAAUUGAGGCAGAACCUCGUGCCGACGGCAGCAGGAGAACAACGCGUUAUGACAUAGACAUGACCAAAUGCAUCUAUUGUGGCUUUUGCCAGGAGGCCUGCCCUGUGGAUGCUAUUGUAGAGGGUCCCAACUUUGAGUUCUCCACAGAGACUCAUGAGGAACUGCUUUAUAACAAGGAGAAACUCCUCAACAAUGGAGACAAGUGGGAGGCUGAGAUCGCUGCCAACAUCCAAGCUGACUAUCUCUACAGAUAAAUAAAUGUCAUGGACUGUCUCAUUUCAACACAGUGACUAUAUACUCUUCACCAUGCUCUCUUACCAGUAAUCACAGUUUCAAUUGCACAUGGAAGAUUUGCUUUUAGACCGUUACUGUUGUGCUGAGUACACAUUUUCAAAGCCCAGGGACUGACUUUUUUGUGAAGAUGCACAUCAUUUUUUAUUUCUUUCUGUGGGAGCAUAAUAUAGAUUCUCAGGUCUAAAAUUAAGUUCACA